CUUAGUGAUGAUGUGAAGUCGCCUGCCUCGUCCGCCUGCCACGCCCGGGCUGUUAGCGGCUGCGGAGGCGGCAGCUUCGGCUGCGGCUCUCUGGCUGCCGCCGCUUUCGGGGCUUCUGUCUGAGGUAGCGCGGGCGGACGAGCGAGGACGCCGGGCCGUUCCCGUCAUGACUGUCCAGGGAUGAUCAUCACUUGAGAGCAUGAUUGUUGCAGAUGUCGUUUGACUCAUCAGAGAAAAUUUGUCUUAAUGAAAACAUCCAUAUGACCACAUCCAUUUCUUUAUUAAAUGGCUUGAUGGAUUUCCUUCACUCUGAUUCAUACCAAAACUGUACUCAACCAAAGCAAGAAACCAUCCUGCAUGAGUCAGUCCCAGAAUGCCAUUUUCACAUCACCAACAGGUGAAGAAACCCUCAUGAAUAGCAAUCACAGAAACUCGGAGAGCAUCACUGAUGUCUGCUCCAAUGAGGAUCUCCCUGAAGUUGAGCUGGUGAAUCUGCUGGAAGAACAGCUGCCACAGUACAAGCUAAGAGUAGACUCUCUCUUUCUAUAUGAGAAUCAAGACUGGACACAAUCCCCACACCAGCAGCAGAAUGCCUCUGAGGCCCUCUCCCCAGUGCUUGCUGAAGAGACUUUCCGUUACAUGAUUCUAGGCACAGACAGAGUGGAGCAGAUGACCAAAACUUAUAAUGACAUCGACAUGGUUACACAUCUCCUGGCAGAGAGGGAUCGGGAUCUGGAGCUAGCAGCUCGAAUUGGACAAGCUCUUCUGAAGCGGAACCAUGUCUUAUCUGAGCAGAAUGAAUCCCUGGAGGAACAACUGGGACAAGCCUUUGAUCAAGUUAAUCAGCUGCAGCAUGAGCUGUCCAAGAAAGAUGAAUUGCUGCGUAUUGUCUCCAUUGCGUCCGAAGAGAGCGAGACUGAUUCCAGCUGCUCGACGCCUCUUCGGUUCAAUGAAUCCUUUAGUCUGUCUCAAGGCUUGCUGCAGUUGGACAUGCUGCAAGAAAAGCUCAAGGAGCUGGAAGAAGAGAAUAUGGCUCUUCGGUCCAAGGCUUGUCAUAUAAAGACAGAAACUUUUACCUAUGAAGAGAAGGAGCAACAGCUCGUCAAUGACUGUGUUAAAGAACUUCGUGAAACAAAUGCUCAGAUGUCCAGAAUGACUGAAGAAUUGUCAGGAAAGAGUGAUGAACUGAUUCGAUACCAAGAAGAGAUUUCCUCUCUGCUGUCCCAGAUUGUAGAUCUUCAGCACAAACUUAAAGAACAUGUGAUUGAGAAGGAAGAACUAAGACUUCAUCUACAAGCCUCUAAAGAUGCCCAGCGACAACUGACAAUGGAGCUGCAUGAGUUACAAGACAGAAACAUGGAGUGUCUGGGAAUGUUACAUGAAUCCCAAGAAGAAAUAAAAGAACUCCGUAGCAGAUCUGGCCCUGCUGCUCAUCUCUACUUCCCUCAGUCUUAUGGAGCAUUUACUGGAGAAUCUUUGGCAGCCGAGAUUGAAGGGACCAUGCGUAAAAAGUUGAGUUUGGAUGAGGAGUCUCUGUUUAAACAAAAGGCCCAACAGAAACGGGUAUUUGAUACUGUCAAGGUUGCCAAUGACACACGAGGCCGUUCUGUCCCAUUCCCAGCUCUGCUCCCCAUCCCAGGUUCCAACCGUUCAAGUGUCAUCAUGACAGCAAAGCCUUUUGAGUCUGGUGUUCAGCAAGCAGAGGACAAAGCACUCCUGAACCAGGGGAGUGGCGUGGAGGAGGUUCCAGGGAAUUCUCAGCCCAUAAGCCAGCCAGGAUCCUCUGAAGAUAGUGAUUUGGCUACAGCACUGCAUCGCCUUAGCCUGAGAAGACAGAACUAUUUAAGUGAGAAGCAGUUCUUUGCUGAAGAAUGGGAACGGAAGAUCCAAGUUCUGGCUGACCAGAAAGAAGGGGUUAGCCGCUGUGACACUCCAGCAGAGAGCCUUGCCUCUCUUUGCACUGACCAGUCAGAGAUUACAGACCUCAGCAGCACCAGUUGCCUUCGAGGCUUUAUGCCAGAAAAAUUACAGAUUGUCAAGCCCCUUGAAGGAUCCCAGACGCUACACCACUGGCAGCAGCUAGCUCAACCAAACUUGGGAACCAUUCUUGAUCCACGACCAGGGGUCAUAACCAAAGGCUUUACCCAGAUGCCCAAUGAUGUCCUCUACCACAUCUCAGAUUUAGAGGAGGAUGAAGAGGAGGGAAUCACUUUUCAGGUUCAGCAGCCUGUUCAAGUGGAGGAAAAACCUGCAGUGUCUGAGCCAGUACCAGGAAUCUUCCUACCACCCAUUACGUCAGCAGGUGGACCAGUGGCAGUCUCUAUUUCAGUUGCAACCUCAAACCCAGGAAAGUGUCUGUCAUGCACGAACUCGACAUUCACCUUCACCACCUGCAGAAUCUUACAUCCUUCUGACGUCACUCAGGUUACCCCUAGCUCUGGGUUCCCUUCACUGUCCUGUGGAAGUAGUGGGAACAGUUCAUCAAACACAGCUGUGAAUUCUCCUGCCAUGUCCUACAGACUCAGCAUUGGUGAAUCCAUUACGAACCGACGAGAUUCUACCAUAACCUUAAGUACCACCACAAGCCUGGCCAAGCUUCUGCAGGAGCGAGGCAUCUCUGCUAAAGUGUACCACAGUCCGAUUUCAGAGAGUCCCCUCCUCCAGCAGCUCCCUAAGACCCUGGCUACCCCUUCCACGCCAGCAAAUUCUCCAUCACAUUUACCAUGCCCUUCUCCCUUGCCAUUUGAGACACGAGUGCAUGUCUCUGAAAAUUUUUUGGCUUCCCGACCAGCUGAAACAUUCCUCCAAGAAAUGUAUGGCUUGAGACCUUCCCAGAAUCCCCCAGAUGUUGGCCAGUUGAAGAUGAACUUAGUGGACAGACUGAAGAGACUAGGAAUAGCCAGAGUGGUCAAGACCCCUGAGACCCAGGAGAAGGGGAAAAGCCACGAGGCAGAAAUUGGUCUUCAAAAACCAGACUCUUCUGUUUAUUUAAAUUCAGGUAGCAAAUUAUUGGGUGGACUGAGACGGAAUCAGAGUCUUCCGGUCAUGAUGGGAGGCUUGGCUGCCCCGGUUUGCACAUCCUCGCCCAAAAUGGGUAUCCUGAAGGAAGACUGAGGCUGUGCAUUAACUGAGCCUUGGUACAGAUGUGCACAUGAAGGAGAGAGCUGCACCGGUACUUCAGUCCUGCCUAAGGAAAGGAAAGGAAUGCUGUAGAAGGACUGUGGAUGUGGAGAGGCUGUAGAGGAGGAAUGCAGACAAUUGGGAUGAGGUCUGCGCAGAUGAAGUUGAGUAAGUCGGACGUGUAAGAGUGGGUCGUGAAGUGUUUGGAGAUAGGAAAGAGAGGAUUAAGAUGCCCUUCAGCUGAAUUUUCUUGACUUGAAAAUAAGAAAUGAAUAGAAAAUAAGUCUAACCCCAUUGAAACAUGCCAGCAAUGCUGACGUGCUGGCCCCUCUACCCCCAGUGAGCACGAGCAGGGAGAGUCUGCCUAGAAGGACAGCAGGAAGAGGAUUGGCUCCAGCUGUUCUGAAGGGUUGCUGCAAGGAGCCUGUCUGUUACCGAGAGAGUGUCUUGAUGCUCAGCACUUCCCCGCUGACGUGUGGUCAGAUGACCGGCCAUUUACUGAUGCGCUCAGCGUCAGCAACGCCAGAAGUGUUCUCAUUGUCAUUACAUCACAAGUGCAGAGUUUCUGUUUUCAGGCCUUUGAGCCACAGGGAACCUAAACACCACCCAAAUUCCUUUAUAUUAUGAUUACUAAAAGUUCACUUUUUAAAUUUGUAUUUUUAUAUAAUAUCACAAAACUAAAAAAAUUAUGUAAGCAGGCUUGGGAAAGGAUUUGCUUUAAGAAGGAAAGUAUAGGUAAAUUGAAUCAAGGAAAUGUGUUUUUAGAAUAUUUCUUCUGGAUAAUACAGUAGCCAAGGAACACAAACAUAAUUGCAUCUCUUAAGUUUCCUUGGAGGCUGGAAGGGGUUAAAUCAGAAGUGCAAUCACUAGGAAUUAAUUAUGUUGUGUAUUUAUAUAUGUAAAAAUGUUAAGGAAAGUUAGCUGCAGCUAACUUUUUCCAAAGUGUGCUAUGCAUAUUUUUAAUGAAACAUGUAUUUGCACAAAAAUUCUCAGGCACAUUAAAUUAUUAUAAACUGAAGUAAGACCCAGGUGUCUGCUUUGAGAGUGUGUUUUUGUUGGAUCUAUGUUGUUGUUUUCCUCAUGUAAAUCAAAGCACAUGACCUAAUUCUUGGUAUCUGUAGAAUUAGAGAAAACUUUUUUUGUGGGGAAGUUUAGACUUCUUUUCCUCUGGGAUUCUUUUUUACAAGCUGACAGGACAAGUGAAACUAUACAAUUAGGUUUCAGCAGUCUGUAGUGUGACGCAGGGCUCUGAACUAGGAAGAAACAGGUCUGUUUUCUGAGUGGCUCAUCAAGGUCUGCACCUCAUCAGGUGACUUGGCUUUGUCUCCAUGGGCUUGUUCUGGAAGAAAUACCAUCGCAUGAAAGACGGCACAGGGAGAGGGUGAGGGAGGAGACUGCGUUGUUCAUGAGCGUGUACUACUUGGUCUUUUUGGUGCUUAAUUUGUAGAUGUUUUUCUCCUUUGUCCUGAGAAACAUUCUUGAGCAACCUCCCCUACAUAAAAACUAACACCGUGCAAUGAUGAGAAGGUACGGGCUUUCUAUAUUUUCUAGAAUCUUUUAGUGUAAUUUUUCUAGGUAAAUUUCUCAAAACCAAAAGGUGGAGAGAGACUCCCUCUCUCACGCUCACUUGGCCAGGCUGCUGUCAACAGCACACGCACACAGCCGCAGAGGACUCCACGUCAGGGAGGGAAUGGAGCCGGCACUGAAACAAUCGUGAUCGCAUUUUCUACAUAUUCCAACUUAACUUUAAAAAAAAAAUUGAAUUUCUACUCUAUGAAUUAACUCGGGGGUGCUUCCUUUUGCCAACUCUUUAAAGAGUGUUUUAUUUAUUCCCAAAGAAAAUAAUUUUCCUGUUGCUCAAGCAUGUGCAGUUUCCGGGAAGCAUCAGGAAGUAGGAGCACAGAGGGUCAGGAAAGUAGAAAGUGCUAAAUGAUCCGAUGGACGCGUGUUACGUAACCUGCUGUAAGUGAAGGUAAAUCUCGUGGUGUGCCAUGUUGAGUAUAACUUGUCUUUUCUGUUAAUAAUCAGGCCUACAUGGUCACUGGAGGCAGCGUGGCAUCUUAGCCAAAUCAGCACAUCUAGCGAAAGAAAAGCAGGCGCAGUCUUCUGAGGGUUACACGGACAAUGGUGUUCUGUCUAAAGCCCAGCUGUGUAGACUAGGGCAUGCUUGUCCCUCAAAAUGAAUCCAGUCUUAAGACUGGGUUUUGUGGGGGUUUUUUAAAAAUUAUUUUGGUACAGCCUGAGAAUCUUGUCACAUCAAAACUGCAAAGUAUAGCAAGGAAAAGUGGAGCCUUACGGCUAGCUCCUCUCCAGUUUUCGUUAUGGCUGAUACUGCUCGUGGUUUCCUUUCCUCGGCCGUAUUAGAGGUGUAGACUUUCAUACAUGUGUGGGAAACCCAUUUUUCCUGCUUCAACAAGAUUUUCAAUGAUUCUUUCUCAGGUAUUUCUGAGUAUCCUCUUAACCUAAUGGGAGAGAUGAUCUUCGUGAGCUCAGAGCUAAAAUUCUCCUGAAUUAUGAAGGUUCUAAAUCCUAUGUAAAUAGCCUAAGUGGAGAUCUUUAGGGAUAAGUUAAUGAUCAUUAUUAGUGUUUUUUUUAAUUUAAGUUUUAUCCUUGCCCUUGGUCUGACAUAAAUGAUGGGACUUUGGUAAGAGAGGAAGUAAGUUAGAGGCAGCUCGCAAGAAACUAUUCUCUCUAGAAAGCAUAUUUUACACAGUAUUCAAACUUGUUAUUAUUUCUGGCCAUUCUAGAACAUAAUUAAUAGUGUAUGGUUCUAACAUCAACGUUUGACAUCGGGAACUAUGGCUGUCAGUGUCUGGUGGCCCUCUCAGCUGUCAGAUGCUCAGGGACCUGUGUUCAAGUACUCCGCAAGGCUUUGACAGGUCACACUGCAUAGCACAAUCCUAGGAGUAACAUGAGGUCCCUCUGGGGCUCCAGGAAAAUGCAGCUGUGUGGUAUGGGGACUUGCCUUUGUCAAGCAGCUCUCUGUGCACCUUGCUUUGCUUUGUCAAAUGUAAAUCAGAUAAUAAACAAGUAGCUUCUUACAUUG